AUACGAAAAGUUCUUACUUAAGAAGCAUUGAUUGGAAUCCUGAACGCUUUGGUUUCCCUUCCUUUGAAGAGAGUGACUCUUAUAAAGCUAUCAUUGCCUACGUCGACGAGCCUGCAUGUGACAUUUUGUCUGAAAUGAAGUUGACAGAUGCCAUCUUCGGACGACCCUUGGGAAAUAGUGUAUCUGAAGACCACGUGUAUUUAGAAAUUAUCAAACACAUAGAAGCAGGCGAAAACGACACAUGUGCCGAACGUAGCUGGGAGCUGAUGUGGCUGAUAACCGGGCUAUACUCCUGCAGUGAUAACAUAAAAGACGAAGUGAUAAACUUUCUACGAGCGAGGACAGAGAACAAUGUGUUGGCUAAACAAUGCUACAUGAGGCUGGUUAAAAUGAUUACUCAUGGUCGCAGAACAUAUCCACCUCAUAUUGCAGAAGUUCAAGCCAUCCAGACACGCAUGGAUCUGAUUAACCACAAAGUUUUCUUUCCUGAUGGAAGUUGCCAGUCAUUUGAAGUUGAAUCAUCCACAACUGCUCGUCAUCUCAUAUCGGUAAUCACCGAAAAUAUUGGUUUACGAUAUCCAAGUGGAUGUGGACUCUUUUUCAAGAUAGGAGACAAGGUGUUUGGAGCAGCCGAUGAGUACUUUUUCUUCGAUUUUAUUCAACAUUUUAUCGAAGUUUGGAGACGAACUGAAGGGGGUGAUGGAAUAGCAGUAAAUUACCAAGUAUUUUUCCUAAGAAAAGUGUGGAUUAAUGUAAUUCCCGGCGAAGAUCGCGUUGCGGACUGUCGUUUGCAUUAUUAUCAGGAAUUGUCUAAAUAUCUACGUGGGUACCACAAAUGUACCGAAGCAGAAAGCAUUCUUCUUGCGACCCUGAUAUUGAGAGCGGAGUUUGGUGAAGACACUGAACAUUUGUCUGAAAUUCCUGACAUGUUGAACAAGUUGGUUCCCCACGAAAUGAUUCCACACAAGACGGUUGAUGAAUGGCAGCAGGUUAUUGAACAAGCCUUGUCUGAGAACGUGACUUGCUUUGGCGAUGAUGCGAAAAUUGAAUUUCUAAAAGAAAUAUGCAACCGUCCUACGUUUGGAACAGCGUUUUUCAGUGUCAAGACUAAAAUGAUUGACAAUCAGCAAGAAGCGCUUCUUCUUGCUGUCCAGAAGAACGGUUUGGCUUUCCUUGAUGCAACAGACAAGACUGUAAUGGAAAGGUAUGAUUUUUCUCAAGUGGAGAAGUGGGCGAGUGGUGAAAAGAAAAUCACGAUCGACGUGAAAGUGAAUGAAGAGAGGAAAAAAUUUGAAUUUGAAACAAGCUUGGAUUAUCAGAUUGACGAUUUUCUUACAAGUUACAUCUCGGCAUAUGGCUCAGAAAGUCAAGAUGUAUCUGAUGAUAUAUAAUGCACUCGGAGAAAUGCAUGUAACCGAAAAACUGACAUGCUUUUUUGUCCUGCUGAACGGAGCAUUUUCACAUUUAACAGAACAUGCAGAGUUGUAUCGGAAAAGUAGAUUAUUUCAAAUUCACCGUGGCCUAUUCACUAUUGCAAAAAUUUUACCGCCCUAUCAUAAAAAUUUAUUCGUUUCAUACCAUUAUCAGUGACAUAUACUGCAAUAGGUUAUUUGAGAGAGUCUACUUCUUCGGUACACCAGUUAAGAGAGAAUAUAUGAAGCUAUACCCGGCAAGCAUAUCUACAGCCAAACCACGCAAAUUAUACAAAAAAGCGAACGCUAUAAUUCGCUAUAUAACAAAAUAUUAACCCUUAAGGUACUGACUAAAUAAAAAUAUACAAUUAGUCGUUUGUAAACUAAUACUAAUUGAUACUAAUACUAAUUAAAACUAAUACUAAUUGUAAACUAAUUAAACGUAGUAGUUUUCAAAGUCCCUACUCCUCUUGAUCCGAUUACGUUCUUGCAUGGGUCUACGUCA